AUGGAGUUGAACACCUCGGGAAGCUUCCGCUCCCGUCGCUCAUACCCAUCCCUUCACCACAUCUCUCUAGCACCGUUAACCCCACGAUUUCCCAUUGAUGACGACACAAAUAUAACAGACUACUUUAAUCAUCAUGACCAUGAAACUCAAGCCAGUGGCGCCCGCACACCCCCGACAUCAUCAUAUCUAUCUAGUGUCUCAGUCCCAAGCACGCCGCCGAUCCUCUCACACUCACGUAGCAACUCGCGAAGCCGCCACCACAUGCGAAGCAAAAGCUCUACGGGUGCAGGACACUUAAGCGACACAAACCUGCACAAACGGGAACUAAGCCAUGCCCUCCAUCACAUCCACGACACGCACAAGAAACAUCGCAGCAUCUCGCAUUCGCAUGGACGGCGCCCCUUGCCAGACAACACGCCGAAAUCCAAAUCCGACGCAGAAUGGAUGCUACGCACAGGCAUUGCCCUAGCCACCUCGACCCGCGAGGAAAAAGGCCAAAGCUGGCUCUCCAAACGCGAGAGCUCAACAAGCCUCACGCCCCUCGAUGAAACGUCCACUAACCGCCACCACCACCGCACUAGAUCAGGCCUCACUUCACGGGUUUCCCGCUCCGGAGCCUCAACCCCAGGUGGAGCCAGUGCCCUCUCCCGUCGCAACUCCCGCUCCCGCACCGGCAGUAGACGUGGCAGCAGAGUCGAUCUAACCAUGACCGCCCUCCCGGCUGUACCAUCUACCUCAGCGACAUCAGAGAAGGCAUACGUCAGCUCGGGAACAGAUACAGGCACGGUGAGUCCUGAAGUGCGCGGCCGUCGUCCUCUAGUGCCUGACUUUGUGGAUGCCCGCAUCCGCGCCGAGAUGGCGUCGCUAGAGCACCGCGAGCGGGGGCUAAAUGAAGGCUCUGUGUAUUGGGAUGGGGCGGGCUCAGACGAAGAUGAGACUUCGUCUGAGUACUCGUGUAGCUCUGACGAGACGCUAGAUAACUUCGAUGAGGCUGAUCUUCAGGAGCUGACGCGGGAGCGCGGGUUCGGACUCGGCUCUUGGGUUGAUCGGUUGGUUGAGUGGACGCUUUUCGGAGCUGAGGAGUGGCCUGCCGCAGUGCCUGCUGCGGCAGCAGCUGAGCGCAUUGGUACGGCGGAUACUCCUACUACUGUUACAUUUGAGGAACCUGAUUUGCCAUAUGGACGUGAUGAUGAUGCUCUUUCGCUUGGUUCGGUUAGGGAUGGGGAUUUGUCUGAUGAUUCUUCUCUUGGUGAUGGGGAGAGCACUACCGGUAGUGCCGCUCCUAUUGAGAAACCUGGGACCCAGGGUGGGUGGGAGGAUGCUGUGUGGUUGCUUCGUUUGAUGAAGCGGGCGUUGGUAUGA